CAAUUAUUUUUUCUUUGUGUCUUAAGUGGUAUACCGUUAAAGUUUUGUUAACGGAGAUACAAGCCUCGACCAACACACAACCCAUCGUUCUAAGAGCCAGACACCUCUUUAUUGCUCGCGCUAUCAGCUAUCACCCCCGUGGGGCAGACUGUGUGGAGUUAUUUUUAGAAUCGCCGUUACUAAAAAUAACCUCACGCUUGUAAUUGCGUCACAACAAGUAACAUUAGCGGGGUUUUUUUACACACCCUGUGUUUAAAACAAAGGUAUCGGGUUAACCCUGUGCUGGUAUAUAAAAGGAAUGGGAAGACUGAGGCUGGAGGCAGAAGGACAAAGCUAGACCCACCAAAAAGAAAGAAAAUGACGGUCUGCUGUGAAUAUUGCAGAAAUCCAGCUGGUGCCAAGUCCAGGAUUCCACUAUGCAAAUCCACGUGCUUUACUGCAGCCGAGAUAAUCAACCAGAGGAUACCUCACAAACCGUUCAGGUCAACCAAAGGAGCGUCCAAGGUGAGGAGGGAUCACAUCAACGCCGAGAUCAGAAACAUGCGGGCCCUCCUCCCCGUUUCGGAAGAUGAGAAAGAACGCCUGUCCUACCUGCACACCAUGUCUGUCGCCUGCAGCUACGUCAGAAAGUCUCUAUUCUGUCAAGAACUGUGCAAGGAUGUUGAAGAGACUUCCUUCCUCCCGUAUGAGGAUUUCCUGCAAGCUCUGCCUGGCUUUAUUGUGGCUGUGUCCAGUGAAGGGAAAUUGAUUUAUAUUUCAGAGAAUGUCACUGAUUACCUCGGCUACUCCAUGGUGGAUCUAUUCCAAGGAAAUGGUUUUUACCAUAUGAUCGAAAGCGCUGAUCUGGAGAUCGCAAAAGCCCAUCUACAAUCAAACUCCUCACCAGAAACAGAACCCUCAUUCAUCUGCAGGAUGCACACUUCCAAAUCGUUUCGGCUCAGACAUGGCAGUAGCUGUGCAGUGCUGGUCAGGGGCAGGUUUCAGGCUGUCCCGGGAACACCACCCUCAUCCUCCAGCUCCGGAGCUGUCUUUGUGGCACUGUGCACCCCCACUGUGAACCGGCUGCAGCACUCCGAGACUCAUUCCUAUGUGCAGCGGUUUCAAAGCCAGCACCAGCCUGAUAUGACGUUUACGGAGGCCCCAGACAGUAUAUUUUAUCACCUUGGGUUUUCCACUGAGGAAAUGACUGGCCGAUCUUGGUACAACUUGCUACACCCAGAUGACCUUAGCUUUGCAUCAGAUAAGCACAAGCUAUUGUUGAAGGGAGAUGAAGGGAGAUGUCAUGUUGAAAUGGUGGUAAGACUGCAGUGCAAGGACCUUUCCUGGACCAGGGUAUACAUCCGAGCCCUGCUGGAUUCUGCAAAGCAAUCUGUGACCUGUAUAAACUACAUUAUCAGUGAAACAGAAGCCACACUCCUGGGUCAGCAGAUUGCCUGUCAAUCAGAACAAGGAGCAGGAGUGAACGAGUAUCAGAGUAACGCACCAGCACCCAGCACCAAUCAGAGCCACAAAGAAAGACCUGCCAAGAGUCUGAAGAGACAGCUGGAUAACGACAUCCUGGUCGAAGAGCCCAGCAACAAGGCAUCCCGAAUUUCAGAGCCCAGCAUUUGCAUGUAUUACGUUUCUUUGAAGUGCCUCCCUUGUGUGAACAGCUAUACAUCCUCCACUCCACCUUACAGCCCCCAAUCAGACUGCUCCUCUUUCCUGCAGGAGGACUCAAGAUCACCGUCCUUUUCAAACACCCAUUUCUUUGGCGACACAUAUGGCUUUGCAGAAGGGUUGUUGCCUCUGACUCGAAGCUCUCCUUCCUACUACCCUGGUGAGCUUUCUGUAGUGCCUAACCAUGCUGUAGCUUCAGAACCUUUGCCAGAAAUUGUGGACAGUGCCUUCAGCCUAGGUAGCUUUAGUGGAUCACAGGUCAUUGCAGAAGAGCUGUCUCCCUCUUGUUAUGAUUUCUCAAGCUGCACUAAUGAUGUCCACCUGGUUCCUGACUGCAUGACCAUGGAGCAUAUGUCUGGAGGUGUAGCAGAUUGCAGUUUUCAUCUUGACAGCUUCAGCACCCCUGAAAACCUUCAAGGCAACUUAGACUCCUAUAUGCCAGACCAGAGCUCUGCUGAAGCUUCUCUGGUUCCUGGAAGCUUGAUGACCCCAGUUGCGUCGCCAAUAGCACAAAACAGCUUUCAGUAUAGUGAGAAAGAAAAAACAGAGAUCAGCAUUCUCGCAUGUCAGAUCUCCUCCCUAGCUACAAGCUUUGAUGCAUACCAGAGCACAGACCAAGUUCUGAACAUUCCAGGUGACUUCACAAAUGUGCAAGAACCCCAAGGAGACCAGCAGCAACUGUGCAGCUGGACAGACUCAGUGAUGCUUGAACCUGAAUCUGUUUUGAAUGACGGAGUCUUUGACAGCAUCUUGAAGGAUCUGGCCACAGUUUCAGCAAAGGAAAGCGAUCGCUGCUCCCCCUCUGCUAGCUGUGCUGAUGCUGAGCUCACCCCCACGUCUGCUGUCUCAUACGGCUUGGAAAGCAACCAGCUCCUCCUGGACACAAAUAGUGUAGAGCCAGCUGACUUGUUAAUAAUGCCACUUGAAGACGACUUAUCCUUGGACGAGUUCUCCACAGUUCACCCAGCAUUCGACUCCAUCAUGAUGAGUUCUGCGUGUGAUAGGUACAGCAAUGAGUUGCAUCAACUCAAUGAAUAUCUGCACCAUAGACUCCAGCAAGAUGGGAGUGUUGAGGAAUCCAUGUACUGAAAUAAGUCUGUGACUUACUUCAACUUGUAUGGCACAUUGUCAUAGUUACCUGAAGCUUCUUCGCUGGACUCAAAGAAGAAAAUGAAUGCAUUUGCUAAGGAGACUUUUAUAUAUCUUAUGCAUCAAAGACUAUUUCAGUGGGAACUGGUGUCCUAAAUGAAACACAUCUGUGUGUGUGUGUGUGUGUGUGUGUGUGAAUGUGUGUGUAUGUGUGUAUAUAUACACACACACACACAGUAACUGUAGCAAAACAGGAAUGCAACAAGUGUGAGUUGUUGCCAUUUAAUUCUGUUAACCAUUACAGUGCUGAUUAAUGGUAUAGAUAAAUGUUUGUUUUGUGGACCAAAAUAUUAUAGGGAAACCGAUAACUCACAAUGUUGAUUAUUAUAAAUAUUCACUGUACAAUGUACAGUUAUGUUUUUGCUUUGUUUAUGCUGUUUCUAAGCAAAGAUGGAACCCAUAUUCUUCACUGUAAGCUGUGUGGAACGCUGUGUAAUGUAAGCUGUGUGGAACGCUGUUUAAUGUAAGCUGUGUGGAACGCUGUGUAAUGUAAGCUGUGUGGAACGCUGUGUAAUGUAAGCUGUGUGGAACGCUGUGUAAUGUAAGCUGUGUGGAACGCUGUGUAAUGUGCUUAUUCUGUGUUGACUUUUCAGCUCAGAGUUACUCUGCAGCACUUAUAAAAAUGCAUUGUACUCUUAAGAUUAAAAACAAAAAGGAGAAAAAGAAAUCAUGAUGUACUGUAGUUAACGGGCGACUUUGAAUCAUCUGCAUUUUCCUAAUAUCCAAUUCCUUGUUUCAUUUCUUAUUAUGUGUACGAUAUUAGGGAUUAGGAAAAUGUAGACCAUAUAAGUAUCCCUUUAAAUAUUACAUAACAAAAUGGCUUUGGGUAGAUUCAGAUUUGACAAUCAUAUUAUGCAAACAAAGGUAGAAUAUAGUGUAGAGAAAAAUAUAAAUUGGUACGAUGACACUGGAAGAAAAUGCUUUUCUAUGUUACAUUGCAAACAGUUGUUUUUUUUUUAAUCAAAGUGAGCCUAUUGUUUUAGUGUAGCCUUUCAUACUAAAAACUUGUUUUACACCUAGUUGUGUUGACUACUGCUGUUAAUGACUGUGUGUUCAAAGUAACUGCAUGACCCAACCGAGUGACUACAGUACAGCAAGAGGAAGAAAAACUAAACUUGUGCCAAAAAGUGAGGACAAUCCAAAACCAGAGCUGUUGUAUUUCUGACAUUGAUAGAUGUCAUAUUUUAAUGUACUGUAUUUAAUAUUAUUAUAAUUUUUAUGAUUUUUUUUUGUUGUAUUUUUGUACU